AAUGAAGCUUCUUCAUCUGUGGGCGGUCAUCGCCGUCGCAGUAUCUGUAUCCGGAAGGACUACCACAAGGCAGCAGUCGCAGUCCGUGACGCCGCACAUCACAUCUCUAUCAGAUAAGGAUGCAAGAGAGAAAGCAAGAACUCACCCAGCGUUCGCCUCGGCUGGCCAGCGAGCCGGGCUGGAGUUAUGGAGGAUAGAGAAUUUCGAACCAGUAGCGGUCCCGCAGAAGGAUGUCGGAAAGUUCUACAAAGGAGAUUCUUAUAUAAUUUUGAAGACAACGGCAGACAAACGUAAUAACCUGUCCUGGGAUAUCCACUACUGGAUCGGUAGCGAAACCUCCCAGGAUGAGGCCGGCGCCGCCGCCAUCCUGUCCGUGGGUCUGGAUGACAAGUUCGACGGUCGAGCGGUCCAGCACCGGGAGACCAUGGGCUACGAGAGCCCGCAGUUCCUGGGUUACUUCCCGGGGGGAGCUGUCCGCUACGUGGACGGCGGCGUCCAGUCCGGGUUCAACCACGUGGUCACUAACCCUGGCGCUGAGAAAAGGCUCUUCCAAGUCAAGGGAAAGAAAAACGUCAGAGUCAGACAGGUAGACCCUCUGAUAUCAUCAAUGAACAAGGGAGACUGUUUCAUUCUGGACAUCAACAAUGAUAUCCUCGUGUACGUUGGAGAGAAAGCCAGGAAUGUUGAGAAGUUGAAAGCCAUAUCGAUCGCUAAUCAGAUCAGGGACCAGGAUCACAAUGGAAGAGGGAAGGUGGAAAUUAUUGACCAGUACUCCAGCGACGUGGACGUUCAGAAGUUCUUCAGCAACCUCGGCUCCGGCAGCAAGGACCUGGUUCCUGAAGACAGCGCCGGUGGUGAUGACCAGACGUUCGAGAGGAACGAGGAGAGCUCAGUGGUCCUGUCCGAAGUGUCGGACAGUUCUGGAAAGCUGAAGAUCACUCCUCUGGCGGCACCCUACCGGCAGGAACAGCUCAAGCCGCAGGAAACCUACAUCUUGGACACGGUUAGCGGAAGCAUCUACGUGUGGGUCGGGAAGCAAGCCACGCAGAAGGAAAAGACCGAAGCUAUGGCGAAGGCUGAACAGUAUUUGAGGGCCAAGAACUAUCCGUCCUGGGUCCACGUAGCGAAGAUCCCGCAAGGAACCGAACCCGCUAUCUUCAAGCAGUACUUCAGUACUUGGCGCGACGUCGGCAUGUCGCACUCCCGCCUCGUCAGGUCAACUCAAGACCAGUUGCUCCAGAGAGUCGACGUAGAUUCAGACAGGCGUCUGUACGAAGUGACAGUGGGCUCCGACAACAGCUUGAGAAUAGAGGAAGUGGAGAGCUUCAAGCAAGCUGAUCUGGAUGAAGGCAGUCUAUACAUAUUGGAAAAUGGUGACAACGCAGUGAUCUGGAUCGGGAAGGAGUCGCCGGUUUCUUAUGUUAAGCUGUGGGAGAAUAUCGUUAAUGCGUAUCGUGCGUACAGUCCUCAAAAUAGCGAGCGCGCUAUAACAGUGGCUAAACAGGGACUCGAACCGGAACACUUCGUUAGAGCCUUCGACAAGUGGGACCCGUACAUGUGGCAGAAGCAAGAAUCAUACGAGAUGAAGAGAGAGGAAGUUUUAAGAAACAAUGAAAUAGAGGACGCGAAAUGAUAUAAAUAAUAACAGACCAUGACUAAAUGUUUGUUUUUUUUUUUUAAUUUUGAUAAACAAUACUCGAUAUUGAACUAAUAAAAAGUUUCUAUUAUAUAUUA